CUCAGAGACAGAGCCCCAGCACGGUGCCGGGUACGAGGUGGCGGAGGAGCCCAUCUGGAGACCCUGGCAGUGUCGUGAGGAUGUCGGCGGCAAAUGGAGAGUGGAGGAGGUCGUGGGAGGCAUUGGCGUGCGGCCACACAUUCCCGUCGCGGCAACAGGAAUGAGGCUCCAUCUGAACGGUCAGGCCGCGAACAGGAGGAUUCCCAUGUGACAGCACAUUCAGUUCGCAAACGUAGAGGUAUGGAAACUGCCGAAUGUUCGGUUUGCAAACGUAGAGGUAUGGAAACUGCCAAAUGUUCGGUUUGCAAACGUGGAGUUAUGGAAACUUCCGAGCGUUCGGUUCGCGAAUGCAUCCUUUCUUAUGCGGAUGAGUGUUCGACAGAUGACAGAUUUUUAUAUUUAAAAGAAGAAAAACUACCACAACAAGAGGACAUAGUCUUAAAUUAGAGGGACAAUGGUUUAAAAAUAAUAUCAGGAAGUAUUACUUUACUGAGAGGGUAGUGGAUGCAUGGAAUAGCCUUCCAGCUGAAGUGGUAGAGGUUAACACAGUAAAGGAGUUUAAGCAUGCGUGGGAUAGGCAUAAGGCUAUCCUAACUAUAAGAUAAGGCUAGGGACUAAAGAAAGUAUUUAGAAAAUUGGGCAGACUAAAUGGGCCGAAUGGUUCUUAUCUGCCGUCACAUUCUAUGUUUCUAUGAUUAUAUUGUUUCAGAUGCAGCUGGCCGUUCUGCAGGAGGGCUGCAACAUUUGGGAAGGAGACCUAAUCGCACAGUGAACAGCAGGAAUGAGGCAGGACGAACGGCAGACUUUUCAGCUGGAUUUGGUAACACUGGAAGUGCUGCUUUGAGUGGACGAGUUGAGACAUCAGCUGUUCAUCAGCCCAGUGAGUCGGCUCCCAACACCUUUGUUCCCACUUUUGUUAGCCCUAGGAUUUCCCCUUAAGUGGGUCCCAGUACAGGUCUGGUUGACAGCAGUAGGGUGGCAGAUGGUAGGCAUACGGCCAGACAAAUGGCAGCUGGGUCCCCUCUUGCCACUAAUAGACGACUCUCCAUAAUCUCCCCUGACAGGUUACGGGAGCGUAGGGUGUCACUUCCCAGGAUAACGUUAGGGCACCAUGGGGUGAGUCGGGAGGCAAGCAACAGGGAAUACGAUUACAGGGAUGACGCCAAGGGACAGCUCGGGGGGGUCUUUCUUCAUGGUGGGCGUUCCACGCUGCACUCAGGAGGGAAAUGUCAGGUUCCAUAGGGAUGCUGAUAGGUAUUGGUCUAGGAGCAGUUAUCAUCAGGGGAGGGACAGCAAUGGCAUGGUGUCCCUGUCAGGAUAUGCACAGGGGAGGAUUGAGUACUACUAGCAGGAGUUCUCCAGAGAGGGGCGGUGCAGGGGCUUCUUCGCAUGCCUACGGCCCUAGGGGUCAGGACGUCAGUGGGGGAUUAAGCCACGGGCCCCCCUCAGGAGUAAAGCAGGUCAGGGAUACUACGGCCAGCCUACCCAGGAUUUCUUCUCCUUACAGGUCGCCAAGAAGGUCGCCCAUGGAUCGGGUGAGAUCAAGCGCUGUAAGGUCGCGAAGAUGGUCGCCCACGGUUCAGGUUCACCGGAGCGCUUGGGUCGGGACAGCG